AUGUUCUCAUCAUUGCUGAAGUACGUGAAUAACAUUGCUCUCGGGGCUGAAAACCGAUCGGUGAGCAAAUAUCUCGAUGAGGCCACCUGUGUGUCUGCCGACCUAGGACGGGUUCUCUCUCCUCAGCUAGGAGGGUGGAGGGAGCAGGAACUUCUACAAGCCACAUUUGACAAGUUCUGCUACGAAGGCUCAUCACAACAGAAAUACUGGAACGAUGAAAGCUUCAGGAAACAUGUCCGAAGCAGGCAUUCUGUCGGAGCAAUGUCCGACGCCGCGAUCCAGCUUCUCUGGCUAAGCUUCCAUUUCUACGCCUAUCACCCAUUCCCUCGCGACUGUCUCCUCGGCACCCGCGAGCUCGACUGGUUCUGGCAAAACGAUGCUGCCUUCUUUCGCAGGGCCGGCUUCGAACGAAUCUUCAGAAGCAUUGCAGCGCCAGAGACUACAACCGGGACGGACCCGUCGAAGCAGCAGACUGGCAUGACGUCCUCCUUGAGCGAUACGAUGGAUGUUUUGGUCAUGGUCGGACCUCAAUUCAUGCACGCAAUGCCCUCGCCGGCGAAGCUUGAGCCUGUGGCGCGGAGGCUGUUCGCUGAGCGGUCUGUUGUAGGGCGGAGAGCAGCGACACGGGAUGAGGUAUCGACCUUGGUGAGCCUGUUGCUGCGACUGAGGUUGGAGAAGGAGAUAUGGGGCUUUUUCUAUCAUCUCGGCGAUAUACUGGAAGCCGGUCCGGAAGAUGAAAGGUUGACGGAGGCCAUGGUCAAUAGUUUGGCAGCGAAUGAGAGCCAACAGACCAUAUCGUCGGAGUGGCUUCUCAGAGCAGUAGACCUGAUGCCUAACCUUCGGUUGCGGUUCCACCAGCUAUGGGCAGUUUUGUUCCAACCUUUAGAAGCAACUGAUAAGGCAAGAUCGUCCCAAGUGCCCAGAACGAUGUCAACUCAUCCUGAUGGAGCUACUUCACUCUUUGCACCCUGCAUCACGAUCGAAAAUGGAAACCGGCAGAUAAAAUACGAACAAGACACAAGAAUCACUUUAGAGGAGGUACACAUCUCGCCAGGUCCAGAAGAUAUGGCACUGAGUCGUUUGACACAGUGCCUCUCCCACCAUUCAUCGGCACACGUCGUGUUGUUCACUAGUGACGCAUCUGCGGCGACUUUAAGGAUAGUCAUAGGCGCCUAUAUCCCCGAUGAUCCACACAAGGGCGGUGCUGAAAUGGCGGACAAGAAGUGCGAGUUUCGAGACGAUACUUCACUUGUGCUUUUUCAACUCCAGCCCAGAUUCCGCCUUUUACAGAGGGCUAACUCUGGAAUACAUCUUUCUCAACUAAUAAGAACAGGAGAGAUAAAGGUCGCCGUUGAAGAAUCUGUGACGACUACGGAUCCUGAGUUAUUGAAUACUCCUUAUUGGAUCGGGAAUCCUUCGGGUCAAGGCACAGGUCUUAGGAUUGACCCCAGGAAGAACACAGCUACGCUCAUUUGCGGCGACGAACGAUGUGACAUGGAAUUGAAAAAGGGUGUGAACACUGAACCCGCUAAUCACGGGGAUAUUACGAUCCAAAAUGCGCGGAUGUUCAUCUUUAUGGUGGCACCCGUUGUGGACCGCAGAGAUUGA